AUGCUGAACCUGUUCAGGAACAACCGCAGCAGCAAGGCUGCUGCGGGGCCCAGCGGUCUUCGAGUGCCGCUGGCGCCCGAUCGGCGAGUGCGGGCGCAGCCUCGUUACAAGGCAGCAGCCUGGCUGUUCUUUCUGCAGAUGGAGAAGACACUGGGUCGAUUCCACCGUGUUCUCAACCUGCCCGCUUUGCAGGACUCGCUGGCGGGCUCCCCCAGCGGCUCUGCCACGGUCAUUAGCUUACCCUGGACCGGGGGCAGCCAGAAGCAGGCGACGGUGUGCCCAGUCGGAGACCGAGAGUUCCGCGCCUGCCUAGACGACGAAGGGCGACUGCUAAAACCGCAGGAGCUGCGCCUCGCAGUCUACAAGGGCGGAGUCGAACCAUCUCUCAGAAAGGUCGUCUGGAAACACAUCCUUAACGUGUACCCCGAAGGCCUGACGGGUCGGGAAAGGCUGGCGUACAUGCGCCGGAAAAGCGACCAGUACUUCGAGCUACGCGCCGCCUGGAAGGCGGUCGUGGAAAAUCCUGCGUUCAGCGGCGACAUCCAAUCGGUCAGCAACAUGGUGCGCAAGGAUGUUCUGCGCACCGACCGCUCGCACCCUUUCUACGAGGGUGCAGACGACAACACCAAUGUGGUCUCGCUCUUCAACCUACUCACCACGUUCGCGCUGAAUCACCCGUCGCUGUCCUAUUGCCAGGGCAUGAGCGACCUCGCGUCACCUCUGCUGGUGGUCAUGCGUGACGAGCCGCACGCCUACGUGUGCUUCUGCGCACUUAUGCGACGUCUGGGACCGAACUUCGACGUGGACGGCGAAGCUAUGACGCUCAAGUUUAAGCACCUGUCCGAUCUGGUCGAGCACUACGACUCAGCUUUCUUCAGGUACCUUGAAAAAUGCGGCGCCCAGGACCUGCUCUUCUGCUACCGGUGGCUGCUGCUGGAACUGAAGCGCGAGUUCUCCUUUGACGACGCACUACGCAUGCUCGAGGUGCAGUGGAGUUCUCUGCCGCCGAUGCCACCGGACGGGGAACUGCCUCUGUUCGAGAGGCCCUACCAGACGGACGAUGUCCUGCCACGUGGGCUACUGUCUACGAAUGGCUGUGCCAGCUCGCAGAGCAGUGUGCACGUCAUUUUGACACAGAGCCCACUGUCAGCGGCGACGCCGACGGCAUCCUCCGUGUGCGUCGACGCGACUGCAAACGGCGACGACGAUGAUCAGGGCGUUUUGAAGACCCUGACUACGUCCGUUAGGCAAGAAUUGAGCACGGAGCUGAUCAGCGUGCGCCGGGGGCCAUGUGCCGAGACAUGGAGCGACGGCCGCGGAGACAGCGCAGACAGGUGCGUCCCGGACGCGGAGAAUACGCCCAAGCAGAACAAGACUGGCGAGGACCCCGUGUUGCAAAAUGGUGGCGCAUCUUCCAGCGGGGCCUGUACGGAGGACUCGGGCGCUGUGCCGCGGACGAAUGUUGCGAGUUCCGCUAGGAUGGCCCGGCGCCGAUAUUCCGCCGACAUCAAGCUGCCGCGGCCUCAGGAGCUUGGUGGCGGCAAUCCGUUCAUGAUGUUCCUUUGCCUAGCAAUUCUCACGCAGCACCGCGACGUCAUCAUGCGCAAAGGCAUGGACUACAACGAACUGGCCAUGCAUUUCGAUAAGCUAGUGCGCCAGCACGACUUGCAGAGUGUGCUGCAGCGGGCCAGGGCGUUGUACGCGAAGUACUUGAGCCUCGGAUGGGACGAACCUUUGGAAGAGCACCCAUACGUGUAAUGGUGCCCCCUGAGAUCUCAAAUUCAGCUGCAGGUGGCCGCUGGC